UGAACAUUCAAAAAUUUGAAAAGAAAAAAUAGGCGACCGAUUUUGUUUUGCCAAUAACCUUUUUUGCUGUGAAUCUUUAAGAAAGAAGAAAAAUCCUAGAUGAUAUUUAAUAUCAUGUGUCAAAUUGAAUAGUGACCUAAGUGAAAAUGCAAUUUGAAACGAAGGCGAAUAUAAGUGCACUCCACUUUUAGUGAAAUGUGAAAAAUAACGAAUUAAAGUGAUUUUGAGUGAACGAUUUUUAAUUAAUGAAUGAACUUUUAAGUGAUGUAGACCAGAGUAAAAUGCACACAAAAAUACUAUCGAAAAAUAUGGAUGCUAUGCACCGAAUGUCUCGAAAUGAGAUAAACACUUCAAAUGGCACGAUUGAUCCAAACGAAACUAGAGUAAAUUGAAAUCUCUGUCAACGAAUAAAACAAAACGAAAGAACGCUCUGAUAAAAACCAAUUUGUUUGGAAGAUAAAAGAGCAAAAGGGAUAUCAUUGUGCAUAACGUUCAUAUAAAAAUUAAACAAGUGAGAAAGAAGACAGUGAAUUUGGUAUAAAAAUCACCGCUAAGACAACGCAUCAUUUUUCAUGUGAAUGCAUUCAAAAUGGCAAAAUUCAGUCGAAAACGUUAUUUACACAUAAAACGUAUUAUCACUUACAUGUGUUACACAAGUUUAAUAAUUGGAUGGCAGCAAUUUAAUUAUAUUAGUUCAGCUGGUGUGAUGUCAAUGGAAUUCUUAAAUGAAAAUAACGUGUUGACAACGGUGCCAGAAGAGGCGGUAAAUUUGUCAUUGACACCGAUGAAAUUGAGCGAAAAACUUGCCGAGAGCUCCUCAAGCACUUCACCAUUAACAAUAAAGUCGUCUGAUUUGAAAACGGGCACAUCAAAUGCUGUCGACAAUUCACCGAUUACCGGUUGGCAAUGUUUCUGUUGGAAUACGACAACGGGAUACGAGGAUGAAUUGGAAUGUCGAUGUAAGGGGUUGGCUUUGGUACGAGUUCCACAACGUUUGCCUGAAAAUAUGCAACGUUUAACCAUUUCAGCGGCCGGUAUUCCAAUGCUGCGAACAACCGGUCUCAAAAGACAUGCAUCAUCCCUGCAAGAUGUAAUGUUUACCGAUUUGAUGGAGUUUGAAUCCAUUCAGCCGGGCUCAUUUUCGGAAUUAGUUUGUUUGAGAACAAUCUACAUAUCAAAUGCGCCAAAACUUAUGUAUUUAUCAGCCAAUGUUUUCGAAGGUAUUGCAUCGACUUUAAAAUCACUGAGAAUUAUAAAUUGCUCGCUCAAACGGAUUCCGGACUUAAGCUAUCUCAAAUCAAUACGAACAAUUUUAAAUAUGGUCGAUUUCGAGGGAAAUCAAAUUGAAGAAAUUUAUCCCAAAUCCGUAAACAUUCGAACAGAACAAUUCAUUCUCGAUAACAAUGAUCUCACUUAUAUUCCUGACUCAGCGUUCUAUGGGUCUGAAAUUGCAAAAUUAUCAUUUAAAGCGAAUAAAAAGCUCCGAAAAAUUCACGCAAAUGGAUUUGCAGGAAUUCAAAAUAUCAUGCAAUUAGAUUUAUCGGAUACAUCAAUCGAAGCGAUGCCACAUUAUGGUUUGGAAAAGCUUGAAGUAUUGCGAAUUCAAAAUACACACACAUUAAAAACUAUUCCAUCCGUGUAUGCGUUUCAAAACUUGCGAUAUGCUUGGCUUACGCAUCCGUUCCACUGUUGUGCAUUCAAAUUUCCCCAGAGACACGAUCCAUACCGGCAUGCUCAGCGAGAGAAAUAUUUGGCCGAAUUGCAGAAAAAAUGCUUGAACAACGAACUUAUGGUGGAUACGAAAGUCAAACACGCUGAAAACUUUGCACUUGAAAGUUCAAGACAAUUCAAUGAAUCAUUCGAAGUCAUUGACGCAAACAAUAAAACCCACAACAAUAAAAUUCUGAAUAAAAGAUCUACAAAUGAUGAGGACAGAAACUUCUACAACAGUCAUUUUGAAGAUGGUGCUGUUGGCUCAUUCUCCGAAAACUCAUCAUUAGAAUAUAGCAUAUCAUCAUCAUCAGAUAGUAGUAAUCCAAUUAGCGACACAUCGACCAAUUUUCUAAAUAAUUUCGACCAUUUUGGUGAGGUGUGGAUGGAUGAAACGGCCGACAUUCUUCCAAACAACGUGAAACACGCAGUUUGCGGAAAGCUAACGGUUAAAAAAAUCGAUGUACAAUGUUUUCCUCUGCCGGAUGCAUUAAAUCCGUGUGAAGAUGUCAUGGGAUCACAAUGGUUACGUACAUCUGUAUGGAUUGUUGUGUUGUUAGCUGUAUUUGGUAAUAUGGCUGUACUUCUAGUGCUAUUCUCAAAUUGGAAUGAAGUGACGGUGCCAAAAUUUCUGAUAAGUCAUCUCGCCUUUGCCGAUUUAUGUCUGGGUCUUUAUCUGCUACUUAUCGCAUCAAUUGACAUCCAUUCCAUGGGAGAAUAUUUCAACUUUGCGUACACUUGGCAAUACGGCAUCGGGUGUAAGGUGGCGGGAUUUCUUACAGUCUUUGCAACGCAUUUAUCCGUUUUCACAUUGACCUUAAUAACAAUCGAACGUUGGUAUGCAAUAACGCAUGCCAUUUAUCUAGAUAAAAGAAUUAAAAUAAAAGCUGCCUCAUGCAUUAUGGUUUGCGGUUGGGUAUAUUCAAUGGUGAUGUCAUCGCUUCCACUGUUUGGCUUCAGCAACUAUUCAUCAACCAGUAUUUGUAUGCCAAUGGAGGCCCGAGACUCGCUUGACAUCGCUUAUUUGGUUGCAAUAAUGGCAGUAAAUGGAUUGGCAUUUUGUAUAAUAGCCAUUUGUUAUGCUCGCAUGUAUUUUUCGUUGGACAAAGAGACAAGGCAUGCGGUUUCCCAUGUGUCCAGAGGUGAAAUGACGGUGGCAAAGAAAAUGGCAUUGCUUGUGUUUACAAAUUUCGCAUGUUGGGCACCAAUCGCCUUUUUCGGAUUAACAGCGUUAGCCGGUUUACCACUUAUCGAUGUAGCCAAAUCAAAAAUACUGCUUGUCUUCUUUUAUCCACUAAAUUCGUGUGCCGAUCCAUAUUUGUAUGCGAUUUUAACAUCACAAUAUCGACGUGAUUUAUUUGUGCUUCUGUCCAAAUACGGUUUAUUUAAGAAAACUGCUGCGCAGUAUAAAAUGAACUAUUCGAUACCAACAUCGCAUUUAACAUGUCCGAUUCCGUUGCUCGACCAAAGGCGAUCGUCACAGCCCGAUAGUGGCACCAAAAUUACAAAGGACGAAACAAACCGAAAUGAAGAGUAUGUAUGAUAUACGGCUCCGACGGUGGAGCCUUCAAAUCAACCAAUGCAUCUACAAAUGAACGUAUGAUAAUUAAU